AUGAUUAGAUUCAGCAGAGACAUACACGCUAACACAAAGACUACGGAUGACAGCAACAAGGCAUCCACGUUGUCUGCCAUCACCUCAGACACACCGUCUCCAGACGAAGAGGAUGACCUAUGCCAUGUCCCGUCAUUGCCGUCGGAUGACCAGCAACCAGGGAAUGACACACAUCAUCAUCAUUAUCAAUCAGAGGAGGAGGAGGCGGAGGAGGAUGCCAAUGACGGUGAUGAACAAGAUAGUAACACAGCACCCAUCUGUGAAUGUGGAAGACAGCUAGACAGUGGCUGGAAAUGUUCCCACUGCAGGCGGCAGUGCCCCAUUUGCAACCGAUCUCUCUCCAUUGACGCUGAAGAAUACUGUGAGAGAUGCUUUCGACUCUGUACAUAUCAUGGCUUAUUUAGCAUCGCAUUUGGCUCCAUCGAAUGCCAACAAUGUAAAAACGAUUAG